CCGGCACCGCCCCCUCUUAUCUAGCCCGUUGGCCGCGGCCCCGCGAGGCGGCCGGCGGCGGGCAGGGGCCGCGCGAUGUCGCGUGGAGCCGGGCUUGUCCGCACCUCCAGCAGCAGCGGCAGCGCGCUCGGACCCGGGGCCAGCGCGGGGCAGCCGGGCGCGGGCCCCUCGGAGGGACUGCUGGACCCCGUGUAUCCUCGCACCCACGCGGCCCUGCUGAAAGUGGCGCAGAUGGUCACCCUGCUGAUCGCCCUCAUCUGUGUGAGGAGUUCCGUGUGGACCAGCUACAGUGCCUACAGCUACUUUGAAGUGGUCACCAUUUGCAACUUGAUCAUGAUCCUCGUCUUUUACCUGGUCCACCUCUUCCGCCUCUACCGAAUGCUCACCUGCAUCAGCUGGCCCCUGUCGGAACUUCUGCACUAUUUAAUUGGUACCCUGCUCCUCCUGAUCGCCUCCAUCGUGGCAGCCUCCAAGAGUUACAGCCAGAGUGGACUGGUCGCUGGAGCGAUCUUCGGCUUCAUGGCCACCUUCCUCUGCCUGGCGAGUGUGUGGCUCUCCUACAAGAUUUCGUGUGUGACCCAGUCAACAGGCCAGUGGGCUGUGCUUAAAUGCGCCAUGUGUAUGCAAGGACCGUAAAGGACUGAGAUGCCCAGUAAGAAACUACAGAAGCCAUUCUUAACUGCAAAGACUCUAUUACGUGCCACCUGUACCAGACUCUUUGAUGACCUCUCCAAGGCCAGCUGGUCUGUCUUCACCUAUAGCCAAGUUGCAUGUGAUAAUCAGCUCUGCUUCCCUGAGCUGCUAGGCACUCACGGGCUCUUGCACCUGAUUUGACCUCAACAGACCAAUGGAUGGGUAGUUCAUUUUGUUCACAUCUGUGUAGAUAAACUCGGGCACUUUGUCUCAGAUAUUCUAGGCCACCCUUCUCUGCUCAGUUUAUUGGUAACAAAAUGGCAACUCCUGGGUCCAGAAAGGAGGACAAUGUGGCUCAUCCCUAAGGGGACAACAGAUCUCAUCAGGUACGAACGUGUCUGACUCCAGGAAGUACACAGAGUCCAAGGGGAAGUGAGCAGCUCUCUUUUCCUAUUACAAAUAUGGACAAACUGUCCCAAAUGUCCUUGUUCUCUCCUCUAGUUGCCAUGAUAAAUAUGUCACCCCACCUAACCAGUUGUAGGACCCCAAGGGACAGGGAUGGGUUAAGAAAAAUCUGGAUGGCUCUGCAGGUUCAUUUGCUCCCUCAUUUUAGUAGCUUAUUGGAGAGAUGACUCCAAAGAUCUGAGUUAGCACAAUGGAGAAAUAUACUGAUUCUGGCCCAUGAGCUCUUGAGGGUCCCUUUUCUAAUAAGGCCACUCCUCUACAGAGAGCUUCCAUUCUUACAUAUUUGCAUAACUCCCCUGUCGCUGCCUCCAACUUCCUUACAUACGCGUGGAGCAGUGGGGCAGGGCUCCUCUCUGCAUGGAGUCCAUUUAUGUCCAGCACAGAUUACAGGGUAAUGAAGGUUCAGGGAACUACACACACUCGACUUCUAAUUUGCCUAGUUUCCCCCAAUAAGUCUUGCUUUAUAUCUGUACCAAGAGGCACAAUGUCAUGUUAAACUGGACAGCUCCACAUCUACAGAGAACAUCUAUAUUCCACUGGGUGAACAUCUGUCCCCACUAAUUUACACUCAAGUAAAAGUAUCAUUUCAUCAGAGAAUGCCCAUCAACGCCUGGAGCUACCACUGGAAAGUGCCC